AUGAAAAUCCUACGGCUCUCCGCACCAGCCGUUCUUCUUAUUCUGGUUGAUUUGAGCUUAGCAACCAAGCGGAAAGACCCCCCUCUUAGUCCGAACAACCGAGCACACAUUAUCGGGUGCAACGUUCGACUGAUUGAAACUGACAGUUUGGGAUAUGAAUCCACUAUCGAAGAGAAGCCAAUUUCUCCUUCUGGGACGCAAACCUUUCAGUAUGGCAAAGACAAUAUUUAUGUCGGCGUGAACAAACUGUGCGAGGUUAUGGAAGCGAGGGGUCUUCGCAAAGACAUGACGCACUUGGAAUUCGACAUUACGGUUCAAGAUGUGAACGGGAAGGUCAAAAGGAUAACACGAAGUUAUUAG